AGUCUGCAGAGGCAGCCGAGGAGGAAGCGAGCGGCGCGGAGCCAGGUGAAGCAAAGGGAGCAAAGCAGCCGUAGGAGAUAGAGGGGCUGUAGGAGCUCUGGAGGCCGCAUGCCAUGUUCAGGCUGUUCCUUCACAGUUAAGGCGUGGAAGAGCCGAAUUCAGCCGACCUGCGAGCACUGCCAGGGGAGCACCUCCACCAGACACCGCUGUCCCGCAUCCCCAGAGGCCAAGCCCUCUGCUGCAAGCAUGGACAUCGUAGAGAAGGUUCUCUCCGUAGCCCAGGCCAUCCACAGCCAGUUCGAGCAUGUGAAGUGCUGCAAGCACCAGUGCCAGCGCCUCGUAGAGCGCAUCCAGAUCCUGCUGGAGCCCGUGCGGAUCCUGCAGGCUCAGCCGUGGUGGCACAUCUCCCACCACGAAGAGCAAAUGCUGAAGAAGCUGCUCCAGGCACUGGGGGAGGCGCAGAAGCUGGUGACAAAGUACAGCCAGGCCAGCUGGAUCCAGAAGUUCCUGAGCGCCCGCAGCAGCGGCGAGGAGUUUGUCUGGGUGAACGAGAGCCUGGAGGACGUGGCCCAGGGGCUCUCGCUCCUGCUGCAGGCGGAGCAGAAGCAGGCUUUCCUGGCGGCCUUUCAGUCAAAGACCUGCCGCAAGCAGGACGCCGAGGAUCUGAGGGAUGACAGGGCUUUCCUGGACCAGGUGAUUGCGAGUACCGAAGAGCCUGGAGAUGGGGCCAGGGAGAUCUACAUGGACAGGCAGUGCAUGGAGGACAAGGUGGACUGGAUGCAAAGCGAGCUGAGCAAAAUCGUGCGCGUGAUGGACAGUUUGAAGAAGGUCAAUGUUGGUAAAAGAGAAGAUAUCACCGAGAUCGAGAGGGACCAACUCACCUUCUACAGGCACCUGCAGGACACCGAGCGCUACGACCUCUAUGAGGGAGAAUAUCUCAAGUACCCCGUCGCCAUCAAAACCUUCAAGAGGCCGCUGACCACCGACACGACGAAGGUGAGAGACAUCUUCGAGAAGGAGAUUCAGACCCUGAAGAAGUUCGAGUCUCCAAACAUCCUGCGCAUGUACGGGAUCUGCAUUGAGGAGAAAGAUGGGAGCCCCUGCUUCUCCAUCGUCAUGGAGUACUGCAAGCACGGGACGCUGCGGGAGGUGCUGACCAAGCAGCGGCAUCUCUCCUGGGAGAUCCGCAUUCGGAUGGCCCUGGGAGCCGCCAGGGGCCUUUACAGGUUGCACCAGACGGAGGAGAAGUCCCGACUGCACGGCUGCAUCUGCAGUAACAAGUUCCUGGUGGCUGGAGAUUACUGUGUGAAGCUGUCGGGAUUUGAGCUGUGUGAAACAGAGUCCUCCAUCAAGAGGAAAGCCAAAAAGAACUGGAACCAAGUGUCUAUGCUGGCUUAUGUUGCCCCCGAGAACCUGAAGGACAUCUACUACCCCUACAAGAGGUCCUGUGAAAUAUACAGCUUCGGGAUCGUGCUGUGGGAGAUUGCAACCUCCAAAAUCCCAUUUGAAGGCUGCUCUCUCCAGGAGAUCAGAGACAAAAUCUGCGACCACCAGUACCAGGACCCCGUCGGGGACGAUUGUCCUGAAGAACUGAGGAAAAUCAUCGAUGAGUGCCGGGCCUUUGACCCAUCCCUGCGCCCGUGUGCUGAGCGGAUCGUGGACUCGCUGGCGGCCCUGGAGAAGAGCAGGAGCCAGGGGAGAUGACUGCGGGGGACCCUCGGAGCCCAGCGCCCUGUCCCCUCCCCGUGUUUGCGGGUGUCCGUGGCUCAACACGCGUUUAUUUGUG